AAGCAUCUAGUUUCAGAGUCAACAAAUAACAACCAGGAAUAAAACAAACACUUUCCUUUGCAAGUACUAAAUUACCCUCUUUAUACUCUUUUGUAUUCAUCUAUUUGGUUAAUUUUGUAUUGUUCUGGAGUUUUGAUGCUAUAAAUUCUUAGAUUCGGAAGAAAUCAACAAUUCAUUGAUCUUUUUUUCUUUUUUCUCUUCUUCUUAUUAUUAUUAUAUAUAUUUUCCUAGUGGAAAAACCAAUGGAGAAAAGGUCUUUCUUUCUAUGAAAUCUGCCGAUUUCUUUGGUAAAGAUUAGCCCUUUGAGUUAAAGUUUUUCAAUUUAACUCCAGUUUUCAAAAUUUUAAUCUGGGUAUUGGGUGAAACAAGCUGAGGAGUGUUGAGAAGGGCACAUGGAUAAUUAAAGAUGAGAAAGGGUGUAAAGCUUGUUCUGAUUGUUAGCAGUAAAAAAGGGUUGGCUUGAUUCAAGUUUGUAGAUGAGAAAGGGGGUUUUUUGAGCGGCCCCCUCUAUUUAUUCAUUCAUUCAAAUAUUGGGUUUGAAGCUUUUGAGCUUUCUGGCUUGGAUUUGGUCUUGAUGGAGUUUUAGUUGACUUUAUAUGUGGUUCUCUUGGUGAAAUUUUAGAGGGUGGUAUUGUGACUUUGUUUCUUUAUUAGUAUGUUUAAACAUAUUCUCAGUAAGCUUCCCCUAAAGUCUUCUAAGACUAAGCACGGUGAGAAACGAGAACAUGGUGGAACCAAUAAUACUAUUUUUGAUAUUGUUUCUUCUGCUACCAGUUCAAGCAUUGAUUUAGACACUAACAAGUCUAGAACCAAUGGAGAAAAUCAUGGUAACAAAAAUAGUAAAGUUGGGAAUUCGAAGGUGUCUUCUUCUUCUUCUUCUUGUGGAUCACUACCUUCAUUGAGGGAUGUUCCAAGUUCAGAGAAGCAGAUCUUAUUGAUGAAGAAGUUGAAUUUGUGUUGUGUUGUGUAUGAUUUCACUGACCCAACAAAGCAUCUCAGAGAGAAAGAGAUCAAACAUCAUACAUUGUUGGAGCUAGUGGAUUACUUGACUUGUUCAAAUCUUGAGUUUUGUGAUGAAACUGUUAUGAAUGAUAGUAUUAAAAUGGUAUCCACAAAUUUAUUUAGAACAUUUCCUCCACAACUUCACGAGAACAGAGUUACAGAAGGCUUUGAUUUGGAAGAGGAGGAGCUUCCCAUGGAACCAGCAUGGUCUCACUUGCAAAUUGUGUAUGAGUUUCUAGUAAGGUUUAUUGGAUCAUCUGAUAUUGAUGCAAAACAAGUCAAGAAAUAUGUUAAUCAAUCUUUUAUUCUCCAUUUGUUGGAGCUUUUCGACUCUCAAGAUUCUAGAGAAAGGGAGUAUCUGAAGACCAUUCUUCACCGAAUUUAUGGCAAGUUUAUGUUGCAUCGUCCAUUCAUCAGAAAAUCCAUCAACAACAUUUUUUACACCUUCAUUUUUGAGACAGAGAAGCAUAAUGGUAUUACUGAACUUUUAGAAGUUUUGGGCAGUAUUAUAAAUGGUUUUGCCUUACCAUUAAAAAAGGAACACAAGUUGUUUCUUGUUCAUGCCCUUAUUCCUUUGCACAAGCCAAAAUGUAUGAUAUUUUACAACCAACAAUUAUCUUACUGCAUCACACAAUUUGUGGAAAAGGAUUACAAGCUUGCUGAUACAGUCAUAAUGGGCUUAUUGAAGUAUUGGCCAAUCACCAAUAGCUCCAAGGAAGUGAUGUUCUUAUGUGGUGUGGAGGAGGUUUUAGAGCUAACUCGGUUGCCUGAAUUCCAGCGGUGUAUGAUCCCGUUGUUUCGCCAGAUUGCUCGUUGCUUAAAGAGUUCUCACAUUCAGGUUGCUGAGAAAGCAUUGUCAUUGUGCAAUAGCAAUCACAUUGAGAGCUUGAUCAAACAAAACCACAAAGUCAUUCUACCAAUAAUCAUCCCGGCCUUGGAAAAUAAUGCUAAAAAACAUUGGAACCAUGGUAUUCACAACUCAACCUUAAAUGCGCGAAAGACUUUCCAAGAUCUUGAUCCCAAGUUGUUCAAAGAGUGCUUACUCAAGUUUCAGGAAGACAAGUCAAAGGAGGAUGAGAUUAAAGCAAGGCGCGAAGCCACUUGGAAACGUUUAGAAGAGCUCGCCGUGAAGAACUUGUCAAGCAAUGAAGUAGGUGAAGCUCCUCAUGCUGCAGCCUUAGUUUAGCUGUAGCAAGUGGACAGUUUAAAUGAACUGCAAUGUAUAUUUCAGCUGAGAUAAGAUUGGUAAAAGAAAACUGGUGAGUGGUUGAAAUGGUUGAAUGUUUUAUUCAUUUAUCUAUAUAUUCUCAUCUACUUGAAAAGAUUAAACAAAUCAUAUAUAUUUUACUUGGAAGAGUUUAGUCAACUAUACCUGCUCAUAAUAUGCAAGGAAGCACAUUGUUUUGUUUAUCCUUGUUUUGUUCAGACUUAAAAUAAAGCACAUCUUUUUUGACUAAAAAA